CUCUUAUAAAUAUUCAACCCUCCAAUCCCUUUCUCCUUCUUUAUAGUCUAUUCCACCCCACCCCCACCCACCCCUCGAUAGCCAGCACUCACCGCCACCUCCCUCUCUCCCUCCUCCCCAAACACAAAUGCAUUAUAAUGGGAGUGGAAAUAAAAACAAAAGGUGGUAGAUGCAUGAGUAACAACAACAACUACUACAAUCCUUUCUAACACCUCACUCCCUCUCUCCCUGUCUCUGUCUCUCAUCUCCCACCGCCGCCUCCGCCACCCGCGGCUGUGCCUUUACCUCGGUUACCACGUCCCCAUCAACUCACCCCUCCCCUUGUUCCGGCCAGUUGGGUGUUUCUUACUGUUUCUUUGGCUGCUCCUAGGAAUACUAUGGUGAGCAUACGAAGGCGUAGACUCCUCGGGCUUUGCUCUGCUGGUACAAGUUCCUCCGUUGCCCCAUUUGCGACGCUCCCUGAGAAUGAAAAACCAAUAAGUGUCUAUCCAAUUCCAUCGAACAGCUUUGACAAGCCGAAAGAGGAAACUACAGCUCCUAAACCAUAUAGUUUGCCUGCCUCCCCACCUUCAAAAGACCAGGAAGAUCAGAAACUGUCAGAAGUUAAGUGCAGAAAGCGACAUAGAAGGAAACAGUUUGACAGCCAAGAACCAUGUUUGAUGAGAGGGGUUUAUUUCAAGAACAUGAAAUGGCAAGCAGCCAUUAAAGUUGACAAAAAGCAAAUUCACCUCGGUACUGUUGGUUCUCAGGAAGAAGCUGCUAGGCUGUAUGACAGGGCUGCAUUUAUGUGUGGAAGGGAACCAAACUUUGAAAUCUCAGAGGGAGAGAAAGAGGAACUCAGGAAGUUCAGUUGGGAUGAGUUCUUGGCACUCACUCGGUCUGCAAUCACCAGCAAAAAAAGCCGUAGAAGAGCUGGUAUGGCUGCUGCAAGGAGAAAAUCUGAGGCAUGGGGACAAUACAGUGAUGAAGAUGGCGAACAGCUACAAGGGAAUGAGUUGUCACCCUCAGAAGACAUAUCUGCUUAGUGAUCUUUUUUUUUUUUCUUGAUUCUUUUUCUCAUACCACAAAAUAUAUACUCGUAUAUAUUAGUGAGUAUAUAUACAAUAUCCCCUGUUACAGUGUUAAAGGAAAAAAUACUGAUACUUUUAUUUUAUUAAUACUCAGUUUAAUCCCACAGACUUAUCAUUUUGUUCUUUAUUUAUUUGAAUUGAAUUUCUGUAUCAAAUCUUUCGUACUCAUAAUACGGAGUAAAGAACAAAACGUUUGGUCUAUAAAUUAUUGUAUACACUUCA